AAAACACACUUUCUAGUUUCUUCCUUAAAUUUAUAUAUUUAUUCAAUCCUUUUGUUAUAUCUCUCUCUCUCAUCUCUCCCUCUCUCUCUUUCUCUCUCGUUUGCUCUUUGUACUCAUCUCCUCCUGCAAAAGAUUGAAAACGUGUUUGAAGUAGAAGAAUCUAGUGAGAUACAAUGUCGAAUGUUGACGAGCCGUUGUACCCGAUUGCUGUGUUGAUUGACGAGCUGAAGAAUGACGAUAUUCAAUUGCGACUGAAUUCGAUUAGGAAGCUUUCGACUAUUGCUCGUGCUCUUGGGGAGGAACGGACAAGAAAGGAAUUGAUCCCGUUUUUAAGCGAGAACAAUGAUGAUGACGAUGAGGUUCUUCUUGCAAUGGCUGAAGAGUUGGGAGUGUUUAUACCUUAUGUUGGAGGUGUGGAACAUGCUCAUGUUUUGCUCCCCACUCUUGAAAAUCUUUGCAAUGUUGAGGAAACUUGUGUCAGGGACAAAGCCGUGGAGUCGCUUUGUAGGAUUGGAUCUCAAAUGAGGGAGAGUGAUUUAAAUGACUCGUUUGUUCCUCUAGUGAAGAGGUUGGCAGCAGGUGAAUGGUUUACAGCUCGAGUUUCUGCUUGUGGCUUGUUUCACAUCGCAUAUCCCAGUGCCCCAGAGGCGGUGAAAACUGAAUUGCGAUCAAUAUACAGUCAGUUGUGUCAGGACGACAUGCCUAUGGUCAGGAGAUCUGCUGCUACAAAUUUGGGAAAGUUUGCUGCAACCAUUGAACCUGCUCAUCUCAAGACUGAUAUUAUGUCAAUAUUUGAGGAUCUUACCCAGGAUGAUCAAGAUUCCGUUCGGCUGCUAGCUGUUGAAGGAUGUGCUGCCCUUGGAAAGUUGUUGGAGCCUCAGGAUUGUGUAGCACAUAUACUUCCUGUUAUUAUCAACUUCUCUCAGGAUAAGUCGUGGCGUGUUCGUUACAUGGUUGCUAAUCAGCUAUAUGAAUUAUGUGAAGCUGUGGGACCUGAACCUACCAGUACGGAGUUGGUUCCUGCAUAUGAGCGGCUUCUUCGUGAUAAUGAAGCUGAAGUGCGUAUAGCUGCUGCUGGCAAGGUCACCAAGUUCUGCAGAAUUCUAAAUCCUGAGCUAGCAAUUCAGCACAUCCUUCCAUGUGUGAAGGAGUUGUCUUCUGAUUCUUCUCAGCAUGUUAGAUCUGCCCUGGCCUCGGUUAUAAUGGGAAUGGCUCCUGUACUAGGGAAGGAUGCAACAAUUGAGCAGCUUCUUCCAAUAUUUCUUUCUCUUUUGAAGGAUGAAUUUCCUGAUGUGCGUCUCAAUAUAAUAAGCAAGCUGGAUCAAGUCAACCAGGUUAUUGGGAUAGAUCUGUUAUCCCAAUCUCUUUUACCAGCAAUUGUUGAGCUUGCAGAGGAUCGACACUGGAGAGUCCGACUGGCAAUUAUUGAGUAUAUACCCCUAUUGGCUAGUCAGCUUGGAGUAGGCUUUUUUGAUGAUAAACUAGGUACUCUCUGCAUGCAGUGGUUGCAGGAUAAGGUUUACUCAAUUCGAGAUGCUGCUGCCAAUAACCUAAAGCGCCUUGCAGAAGAAUUUGGUCCAGAAUGGGCGAUGCAGCAUAUCGUUCCACAGGUUUUGGAUAUGAUCAAUAACCCUCAUUACUUGUAUCGUAUGACUAUCCUCCGUGCAAUUUCUCUACUCGCUCCUGUCAUGGGCUCGGAAAUCACUUGUUCUAAAUUGCUGCCUGUGAUUGUUACUUUGUCCAAAGACAGGGUGCCCAAUAUCAAAUUUAAUGUGGCAAAGGUGUUACAAUCCCUUAUUCCUAUUGUGGAUCAAUCCGUGGUCGAAAACACUAUCCGUCCUGCUCUGGUGGAACUUGCUGAGGACCCAGAUGUGGAUGUGCGUUAUUUCGCAAACGAAGCACUCCAGGCGAGUCAUGCCAUGAUGUCGAGUUAGAGUUUCAUUUACUUGUGGAAUCCACUAUUAGAAAUUUCUGGUCUUAUUGAAGAUAUCACAGAAUUGGUUUUAUAAUCUUUUGGAGACUUUUAAAUGUACUCAGUAGUAUGUUAUUAUAAAUGUGUGGAGACACCAGGCUACUUAGUAGCCUGAGACUGUUUUGUUCGUGAAAUUAAGCCUGAUAAUGUUUUUUGUUCA